CUAGGAGCGCAGUUUUUCACGUGUUUUCAAUCUUCACGAAUCAUUCAGUUGUUGUUGUCGACUCAAGACGAGGAGAAGGUCUUCUCCCGGCCUCGGUAGCCUUGCCCAAAGCCUGGUGCUUUCUCUGUUGUGAAGUCUGCAAACACCACUUAGCACAAUGUCUGACGAAGUUCUUACCCCAACUGAGGAGGCUCUCUCGUUUGAGGGCGAUGUUAGCGAAACUGGCUUGGAUGCUGACACCCCUGCAGAUGAUUCUCUGGCCGAAGAUCCCGAGCUGGAGUUGAUCAAAGCUCGAGUCAAGGAGAUGGAGGAAGAAGCUGAGAAACUGAAGGAAAUGCAAAAUCAGGUUGACAAGCAAAUGAUGUCACCAAAAACUGCGGGUACUCCAACCGCCGCCUCUUUCCCCACGCCUGAAGAGAAGGCUGACGCCGAUGCCAGAUCAGUCUAUGUUGGAAACGUGGACUAUGGUGCAACUGCAGAAGAGCUCGAAGAGCAUUUCCACGGCUGUGGCUCCGUAAACAGAGUGACGAUAAUGUGUGACAAAUUCUCCGGACACCCCAAAGGCUUUGCCUACAUUGAGUUUGCCGAGAGGGAUUCCGUGACCACAGCUGUUGCCAUGGAUGAAUCCCUAUUCCGUGGACGCCAGAUCAAGGUGUCUGCCAAGCGUACAAACCUCCCUGGCCUGAGCGAGCGUGGCCGCGGCAGAGGGCGUGGCCGUGGAGGCUAUGCUCCUCGUGGUGGAGCUCCUCCCGCUGGCAUCACUGGCUAUCGCAUGGUACCAGUAUAUGGCUCACCACGCGGUAGAGGCCGCUACAGAGGGUCGAGAGGUCGUGGCAUGAACUGGUAUAGCCCUUACUAAUCCAGAGAUGCUCUACCCAGCCUCUUGCUGGCUACUCUGCCUCCUUCUACUGCUCUGGCUAGUGAAACUCGACCUCCUGAGUAGAGUAUUGCCAUGUUCCAGUGCGCAUGGUGUUUGUGCAGCUAGGGCCGUGUGUUGCCUGCAGCAUACUAUUUCAUCAGGUUUAAUUCCACUGGCCAGUACUUUUACUUUAUACUCUCCCUUUCCCUCUGGCUGGACCAGUAGUUGAUGCAAUGCCAUUUUUGCCAGAUGUCCAUGCAUGUGCAUCAAUCAUCAUCCAUCUUCUCUCUCUGUUUCUGUCUCCUUUUUCCACUGCGCCUUGUGAUACAUUAUAUUCUUAGUAGUGUAUUAUUGCCUUUUCUUUCUCCUGUACUUUCAAACUAACACAUGCAGAUGCAUACAUAAUUAUGUGCUUCAAGCUACUAUACGAUGUGAAUGUGUCUUGUGCAGUGUAAUGUAGAGCAUGCCGCCAUUACGAUUGUGCUGUUCUUUCGGAUGUCUUGAUUUGCUACUUUGAAACGCGGGAAGUAGUUCAUUUACACACCGCGUCCUGCGCCGGUCAUCUUUUAGAAUUGUGCCAGUUGUUAUCGUCUGGGUGGUUGGGUGAACCAUCAUGCGAGUGGUUUCUUCCCCAACACUGCUGCUCAAUAAGGCAGCCCAGCUUCAAGCCACUGCAUGGUGCACUCAGAUUGCACAAUAAAGUCAUAUUAAAUUUUGUUUUCAACCUCA